AUGAUAGGUUGUAUCCGAGACCGCGUCACAAGUUACUACGUCGGGCCCGCCAAGUUCACAAACCCGCUGCCCUUCGCCCUCACGCGCAGAGGAGACACCGACCCGGGACAGUACGUGCUGGUGCUUGCGGCGGGCUCGUACAUCCCCGGAGCUCGAUACCUUGCUAUCCUCAACUCCACGUCGCCCGCCGAGCUUUCUCAGGACGGAAGGCCGCUGUUAUGGGUCGUGCCAGAAGUAGAGAUGACGCCGUCGCAAAUGCCCGGCAGCACGCUCGACGAGCUGCUCGCCAUCACCUACCAAAGCCCGCCGCUGCGCUUGACGGGCGGCAUGCGCCUGGACGCGCGUGCAGCGCGGGGACGGGCGUUGCAGGCCGAACUUCUCCUCAAAGAGGACGAGUUGCUCCGGGUGUGCUGCCACUGCGGCAGCUUGGAGAACGGCAACUGGGUCAUCUCGGAUCAGUUCGAGAGGUCGUGCGCUGGUGGUGCUUGCUCGCAAGAUCUCAUCGUGGCUCGGGAACCGCCCAUGAACGCUGAACGCGCUUCAGAACUCUACCCCGAACUGUCCCGCCUCUGCCCCCCUUGGUAA